AUGGCCCAGCAGGGACAACCGCAGCAGGUAGCACCAGCGGCACCGGCGCCACAACUGCCACACGUUCCACGGGUGGGGAAAGCCUUCAACGUGCUCGUGAUCCGGGAUUACCUACGAAAGGUUCAGGCCUCCGCGCCUAACGUGCCCCAGGAUGACUCCUCCUACGCCGGCGAUACCACCACACUCGCCAAGCUUCCCUUUGCGGCGGCCACUGUGGAAGACGCGUCCAUUUCGGGGAAGUUUUAG